AUGGCGGUUACGGGAGGCUCCAGCGGCAUUGGAAAGUGCAUUGCUAUCGAGUGCUACAAACAAGGAGCGUUUAUAACUCUGGUGGCACGAAAUGAGGACAAGCUGCUACAGGCAAAGAAAGAAAUUGAAAAGCACUCUAUUAAUGAUAAACAGGUGGUGCUUUGUAUAUCAGUUGACGUAUCUCAAGACUACAGUCAAGUAGAGAAUGUCAUAAAACAAGCACAGGAAAAAUUGGGCCCCGUAGACAUGCUUGUGAACUGUGCAGGAAUGGCGCUUUCGGGAAAAUUUGAAGACCUUGAAGUUAGUACUUUUGAAAGACUGAUGAGCGUCAACUACUUGGGCAGCGUGUACCCCAGCCGAGCCGUGAUCACCACCAUGAAGGAGCGCCGCGUGGGCCGGAUCGUCUUCGUCUCCUCCCAGGCAGGGCAGCUGGGAUUGUUCGGCUUUACGGCCUACUCCUCAUCCAAGUUUGCCAUCAGGGGGUUGGCGGAAGCUCUGCAGAUGGAGGUGAAGCCAUAUAACGUCUACGUCACAGUGGCCUACCCGCCGGACACAGACACCCCUGGGUUCGCGGAAGAAAACAAAACCAAGCCUCUGGAGACUCGCCUGAUUUCAGAGACCAUAUCCGUUUGCAAGCCAGAGCAAGUGGCCAAACAAAUUGUUAAAGAUGCCAUACAAGGAAAUUUUAACAGUUCCAUCGGCUCGGAUGGGUACAUGCUCUCGUCCCUGACCUGUGGAAUGGCUCCUGUGACUUCUAUCACCGAAGGGCUCCAGCAGGUGGUCACCAUGGGCCUCUUCCGCACCAUUGCUCUGUUUUACCUUGGAAGUUUCGACAGCAUAGUCCGUCGCUGCAUGAUGCAGAGAGCGAAAUCCGAAGUCGCAGACAAAACUGCCUAA